ACCUCGCCAAAGCUUUUCACUCACACAAAUACAUCUCCUCCCCUUUAUAUCCCAUCUCUCCACACACCAACUUCAAAGCACGUCUAUUUCUCAGCUUAUUGCCUCGAUCUCUAAAGACAUGAAUCUAUCCGUGAAUGGCAAUUCCAAGGUUCCCCCGGGCUUCCGCUUCCACCCCACCGAGGAGGAGCUCCUCCACUACUACCUCCGCAAGAAAGUAGCCGCCGAGAAAAUCGACCUCGACGUCAUCCGUGACGUCGACCUCAAUAAGCUCGAGCCAUGGGAGAUUCAAGAGAAAUGCAAGAUAGGUUCGACACCACAGAACGACUGGUAUUUCUUUAGCCACAAGGACAAGAAGUACCCGACCGGGACAAGGACGAACCGCGCCACGGCUGCCGGAUUCUGGAAGGCCACCGGGAGGGACAAGGUCAUCCACAGCAACCUCCGGCGGAUUGGAAUGCGGAAGACUCUGGUUUUCUACCGCGGGAGAGCCCCCCACGGCCAGAAAUCCGACUGGAUCAUGCACGAGUAUCGGCUCGACGACAUCUCACCUCUCGACUCCACCAAUGUGUCAAGCCUGGCCGGUGACAUGGGGCCGGAGGAAGGGUGGGUGGUGUGCCGCGUAUUCAAAAAGAAGAACUACCACAAGUCCUUACAGAGCCCUCUGACAUCUUCAGCCUCAAUCAUGCCACAAAACGACGCCGUUCUGGAUCAACUACUCAUGUACAUGGGAAGAUCCACCUCCUGCAAGCAGGAAACCGAUCCCAUUAUGCACUUCCCCGGUCAGUCCACCGCCGGCUUCCUGCACCUCCCAGAGCUCCAGAGUCCGGCCAUGAACAUCAACGAAGACAUCAACUUCAAGCCUCCUUCAAAUGAGAUAGGAAUGGCGUCGUCCGACUGGGCCACGCUGGACCGGCUAGUGGCGUCACAGCUCAACGGGCAGCCUCGCGGAAGCGAUGAAUUCGCCUUCUCGUUCGAUCAGGAUGAUCAGGUGCAGCAAUUGAUGAACAUGAAUAACUUGGAUAGGGGUAACGAGACGGAUUUGUGGGCAUUCGCCAGAUCAUCGUCGUCGUCGUCGGACCCACUGUGCCACUUGUCCGUAUGAUAAUGAUGCUGAGAUAUUAGGGUUUGGGUGAUAAUCAUAUUGAAAUUGAAAAAACUUAUACUACGUUUGUUGAUGUGUAAGUUAUAGGGGAAUGGAAUAGCUAGUAUGAGAUACUACUACUUACAUUACAUACAUAUAUAAAACUGCAGUAUCUUUGUACCCAAUAAUUAUUUGUGAUGAGCCGUCAUUGUCUAGUUAUAUACGUGAAUAUAUACAUGAAAAUUGAAAAA